AUGGAGUCGCUGCCCGAUGAAUUGCUCCUACUCAUUUUCCGUUAUUUGAGAAAACCGGAUAUUAUUUGUGCGUUUAGCAAUCUCAAUUCUCGUUUUCAACAAAUAGUCGAUCCUUACAUCCACAAUAUCGAUUUAACACCAGCGAACACUGUUAACUACAAAACAAUUCGUCUAAUUCUUGACGAUAUUGUUCCACUAUAUGCUGAUCAAAUUCAGUCUCUCACCUUCGACCUCGGUCGACACCUAUCUUUAUUCUGGCCGUAUGUGCAUCAUUUCAACAAUCUGAAAUCUCUCACUAUCGAAUCCGAUAACACUCGUGAGUUCCAUUGUGUGUAUCAACUAAAUGAAUUCCUUACGAAAGUUCUUUCCUUACAAACUUUAAUUGAACUUUCACUCCCUUCACGAAAGGAAAUUUUGAGCACGAUUGCUUAUCAUGCAACAUCUCAUCUAUCAACACUAUCUUUAUCACUAUUUCAUGAUCUUACAUUAACUUCGUACAUGCCUAAAAUGCCUUAUAUAAAACGUAUUUUCAUCGCAUUACAUAACGCUGAUUAUUUGCAUUCACUAUUUAUGAUAAUGCCAAACCUUGAAGAACUCAGUUUAUCCUUAUUCAAUGCCAACUGCUAUUACCAAGGUCAUUAUCCAUUACCUGUACCUGUUUCUCUUGCGAACCUGACUGUUAGAUUUGGUGCUUCAACCGAAGAUAGUUAUCUUUGUCGCCAAUCACACUUCAAAUGGAUGAAAGACUUCUUGACGCAGUUUAAAGAUAAUGUAAAAUCGUUGACAUUUAUUGGACUCUAUGUUGAUAACGAAUUCAUUGAGCAGGAUAACAUUCAAAAAUUGGUUCAAAAUUUCUCUCGAUUGCAAGUAUUUCAUUACGAUUUUCACACAAAAUGUCAACCCGAGCGUUGCUUUACAAAUAUGACAAAGAGUUCUAGAGUAAACCAUUUCAUCAUUGAUUCUCCUAUCACUGUUUCGUUAUGUUCGACACCAAAUCAAUUGUAUAUGUGUAAUAAAUUGAAAGUUGUCAACGAAAUAUUUGAUCUUGAACAUUUGUUGUCAUUUUACAAAUUCAAACCGAAUUACAAACUCCGAAAUUUAAGGGAGAUUGUUUGCUAUCACGACCUACAAGAUACGACCUGUAUAAGAAGUCAACUCAUUUCGAGACUGAUCAGUAUGUCGCCAAAUUUACAAACUAUUUCUGUUCACUACUGGCACGAUCCACGAUCACUUAUCAAAUCGUUCAAAGAGCUGUCUUUUGAUCGCUGCAAAACAGUUUCGAAUUUCAAAUAUCUCGCUCAAAUGACAUUUGACGACUAUUGUGAUCCGGGAUUCUUGUACGAACUAGCAACACUGUUUCCGCAAUUAAAAACCAUUACAUUUACAUGGUUUUCACAAAUUAACGAAAAUAAUUCGACACAACUUACUCGUUUGAUUCGACAUCUACGAAAAUAUUUCGCCCAUAUGACUUAUCUAAAAUUCGCAAUAAGCUUGUUCCAUUUUAAUUCUCAGCCACUGUUUGAUAAAAACGGAACAAUGUUGAAUGAACUAAUGCGACAGAAUAUGGCAUACCAUACAAUUGACAGAGAAAGAGAAUCUCGUUUAUUGAAUAUUUUACUAUGA